GGUGGCCGCGGGCGUGACACAGAGGGGCCGGUUUCGUGCUUAGAAACUCGGCUCCUCUUUGCCUGAGACAGUGGCAGAGUUGUGAGCAAUCCGUCAAAGGAAUUAAAAUCUGAGGAAGAUGUUUUCCCUUCAGAUAAUGCAACGCGUUUCUUCUCACCUAAGCAUGUGUAAGGCUGGCUGCGACAGCUUGAGAAGAACAAUGUGCUUUGGGGAAGAGUUAACCUUGGAACUGAAAGGAAAAAAAGCAAGCAGGGAGAGAGAGUGGUGUUUGAAAAUCUUAGUGUAAAAGGUUCACCUGUUGCCAGUGUUACGGCAGUGCUGCUGUGUUUCUUUAUCAAGCUCUGUCAUCCUCAUAAAAACUGUCAAAAAGUGGAAUAGAGAUGAUGUCAAGUUUCUUGCAAUCAUUUGACAAAACUGUUUACUGUGCAGUGAUAUAAUGUAACACUGGAUCACAUUUUUUACUGUAUAUCCUUUGUGGUAUAAUCUUAGGGGUGUAUUUGCAAUAUUAAAUUUGUUCAGUCCUGGUAAAUAAAAUUGCUGUUUUAAAGCAUAAUUUAUUACAGUCUCCAGGGCAAAAUCAAUUGCUGGAAGGGUGUUUGGUAUAAGGAAACCCAUUGAGUUACUGCUUGCAAACUAAGUUUUAAAAUGUUUCUAGCGGAAGCUGCAAGGAUCUUGGCAGCUGGUUUUAAGCAAGCACAAGCUGGAUCAAACCCAGUGCUGUGUUACUUGUAGCCUUGGAGCUGGGGACGCUUCCCUGCUGCACUGUCCCCUGAAUGCACUCUGUACCUGCAGCCAGCCCGGCAGAACCUCACUGUGCUCAGCAGCAGGCUUCAAGAGCUCAGGUGGUAAAUCAGUCCCGUGUGCUUAUUCAGACUGAGAUGCUAAUGAUGACACUGGUACACUCAUUAUUUUGGGAUAUGAACAGCUGUUGGCGAAGAAUUUGAAUCGGCUCAACUCCUGUCUCACAGACCAUAAAAUCAGAUAUCACUAACCUGAUAAAAUUAUCAGCUGGGAUACAGUAAACACAUUUGCCCUGGCAUGCUCCUGGCACUAAUUUCAGUCUUUACACUGAGGAGUUAAGAGAGCCAUUUUUUUUAAAAAGUUAAUCUUCAGGCUUAGAAAAUCGUGUAGUUAUUAAAAGAAACCAAACAAAACAAAACCACAGAGUAUGGAUCACUUACACGUGCGUGUCACACCAGAAAUGCUUCCUUUUCAGGUCAUGGGAGCUGGGUGGUGCUCAGGGAGAAAGCAGUGAGUGGCAGGAGUGAGUGGAGAUGCUUCUGUCACUGGCUGAGGAUAAAUACAGAGGUGGCAAGUGUGUCUGAAUUCUAGAAUGGACUUGAUUUUUCUUCAGUGGCCAGGCACUUGGCUUCUUGUGGUAUUCUGAUGACCAGAACUUCUCCUUUGCAAGUACCUGUAAUGAGCCAUACUUUUUCAAGAAAUUUCUUCAAUGUUGCCACACCACUAAUAAAUAAAAGAAAAGAAUAUUCUGAAAGAAGAAUCAUAGGGUAUUCCAUGCAGGAAAUGUAUGAAGUUGUUGCUGUCGUGGAGAAUUACAAACUCUUUGUUCCUUGGUGUAAACAGUCAGACAUACUCUCGAAGCGCUCCGGGUACUGCAAAGCACAGCUAGAAAUAGGAUUCCCUCCUGUAGUAGAGAGAUACACAUCAAUUGUAACCCUAGUGAGACCACAUUUAGUUAAGGCAUCAUGCACAGAUGGAAAACUCUUUAAUCACCUGGAAACAGUGUGGCGUUUGAGCCCUGGUAUCCCUGGCUAUCCAAGGACGUGUACAUUGGAUUUUUCAAUUUCUUUUGAAUUUCGUUCACUUCUACACUCAAAACUUGCUACACUAUUUUUUGAUGAAGUUGUAAAGCAGAUGGUUGCUGCCUUUGAAAGAAGAGCAUCCAAACUCCACGGCCCAGAAACCAGCAUCCCUCGGGAGCUGAUGCUGCAUGAAGUUCAUCAGACGUAAAGGGAAACUGUAACAACCUCAGCUAUAAACUUGUUUGUACGCUUCAUUUGUACAAAGUGCCAUGCUCCUCCUUUGGGGCAUCUAUUUCUUAUCUGAGCUGUGGGUGUGAUCUUACACUGUGCCAAACACACCUGCUCAGCCAGACACAGAAUGUUCAAAAGCUGCAAUCAAGUGCAGCUUCAAGCCUUAUCAGUAACAGACACCUGGCAGCUCCUGUAAUCCAGGCUAUCUCAGGCUGCCGUUAAACGCCAAACGGCUCCUGGAAUCACGGCUCAAGCCCUGCCUUAGCCAAGCUCCUGGGGCUUUUCAGCACUGUAACACAUUAACUCAACUCUGUGGGAACCCAACUUCACAGCAGCAACUCAGCCAGCUCUGCCCAAGCAGAGGCUUCCCAGAGAAAGGCAGAGUGUGGCAACCAGUGUGGAAUGGUGCUUUUAAUCCAAAUGAAUGGCAAAGGUAAGUCAGGGGUCUCCAGCUGCUCCUGGCAUGACCAGCAACUGCUCUCAAACUCCCCCUCAUUUUCAGGGAUGAAAUGCAUAAGAGUACUGUAAUCUCAAUGUAGCAGUCUCAGCUACAGCUAGUGAUUCCCAGUUGGCCCAGUCUGGAAUUUGUAGUACACUUGGCAGGCUGAACUUGCCCCUUGCCCCUCCUUCCCUGUUACACAUUGCACUUUGGUUACCUCCCUCUCAUCUAAUGCAAUCAGAACACUUCAGAACAAGUGUUACCUCUUAGAGAAGCAGGUACCAGUGCUGUCCUCCCUGGAAGCAGGGAACAAGAGGUCCUGCACUUCCCACAGGCCAGCUGUCAUUAUAAAUCACACAAGAGAGCACCAAACUUUCAUUCCUCAAGGGUUUUCAGUGCCAUACUCCCACCAUGAUAAUGCUACCUUGAUUAAAUACACAUUCAGUACUUCUAUUCCUGAAAUACUCUCUUCCCAGUCUCUGAAGAAACCAGGUAAAUAGGGUUGAACAGUUCUAAAUCCUUACUUUAUACUGCCUUGCAUUACCAAAUUUCCUUACUGAAAUUAGGUGAAAGCUUCAGGCCAGGCUGCUGAAGCUGGUCCUUUCUCUGCAGCAUAUGUAACCAUAUGGUUACUAGAGAGUGACCUAUUAAAUUAACAUAGAAAUAUGUUUCAAAAUAAAGACAGUCCUGAAACAG